UCAGUGACAUAUAGCGGGACUGCAGUGGGCAUUCUUAAACUGGGUGGGAACUAACUGCCACUGACAUCCCCAGUGACACUAAUACAGUGAUCAGUGCUAAUAAAAAGCACAGACACUGUACUAAUGACACUGGGCAGGAAGGGGUUAUCAUCUAUGGCGAUCAAAGGGUUAACUGUGUGCUGUGUUUUACUAGGGAGACAUGCUGUGCAGAGAGUGCUUUGUAUGGCUGUGCUAUGCAAUGCCAUACAAAGCAGUUUGCAGGAGCUGACAGGGGAGAGAUCCAUGUUGUUUAUAUACAGGUGACGCCCCCGUCGAUAAUACUUGGUGAUCACUGGGUGCCGUGUGGAAAUCACCGACUGGAUCCGGUGAUUGACAGCCGAGGCCGCAAAUGGUGGCGCGCAU